UAUUAUAAAAAAGCUUGUGCUUAGGUUUGUCAAGUUAUGUCUGAAAUUUUUUGAAGAUGAAAGUUAUCUGUUUACUAGGAAUAUUGUUGGUGGCUUUUGGACUUAGUAAGUCUGAAAAGUGUGUCUGUCUUCAUUGGGCAAACGAUCCAGAAUCAACGUGCCUUGAAAUCCAUUUUUUCGAAGGGUUAAUAAAACAGAAUGUCAGUAUUGCAACUCUUGAUAUUUCACUAAUCACCAUUGAGGAAAAACAGAUAUGUAGAAUACUUACUGAAGAAGAACGAAAGCUAGGAGGGAGCAUUGAUAUAACAACAAACCCAGAUGGAAGUCAUUCUUAUGGUGGCAGCAUAGAUACACCGUUUGGAGGCGUUAGCGGCCAUGUACAUACUUCUCCAGAGGGUCAUGUAACCGGUGGUGAUGGUGGGGUGUCUGCUAGUGUAGGUGGGCUUGGUUCUGUUGGUGUACAUGCUGGUUACGAUAAGGGUAAAGGUGUGAGUGGAGGUUUUCAUGGUAGUGUUGGUGUUCCUGGAGCGGAAGUGGGAGGUUCUUUGGAUGUUAAUUCACAUGGGACUGUUUCUUUAGGUGGCAGUGCAACUUCAGGUGGAACAACGUAUAGUGGCAGCGUUAAUUCCAAAGGAGAAAAAGAUUCUAGCAUUGGUCAAUCAGUUCCAUUUGGGAAAAGAGAUGCUGAGUUGGGAGAAGAAAGUAUGAAUGAGGAAUCUGAAGAAUUAAACAUGAUCAUCAGUAAGCACAAAUUGAAUGACGACAAAUCUGGUGACAUCUUGAUAACAAUACUUAUUCCACAUAGGAGUAGGCUACAACAGUCAAGGAUUACCUACCGUUAAUUCUACACAACAAAUUUAACACUCCAACUACAAGAUACUUGAUGAGAUUACAUAUCAUAAUCGGUGCUACCUACACUGAUGUUCUAUUUUUUUCAUUAUUACAGAAAGUUAAUAAAUGUAUAGAUUUCA